UUACCACUUAUUCUUUGCAUCUGGGUUUUGUUAAAAAAGAUCUAGGUUGUUAUGGAUUACUUACAAAAAUUUUUUAUGCUACUGCUGGUAGUUUGGUUGCAAAAACCUCCCAACAAGGCGACCAAACUUCUAUUUACUGUGCUACUAAAGAAGGGUUAGAAGAACAUGCAGGUAAAUACUUUGCAGAAUGCAAAGUAUCACUAACUUCUAAUUCUGUGUGUGGUGAUGAAGUACAGACAAAAAGAUUAUGAGACCUAAGUGAAAAAAUAACUGUUUUAUAAAAUGUUAGAAAAUCUUGAUAUCAAGGCAGUUGCUUUUCUUACGAUUGUUGUUGGUUUUAUCCUUUAUAAAAAAAUAUUCAAUGUGUUUUGCAAAGCAACAACGAGGUUGGAUGGCAAGAUUGUUAUAGUUACUGGAGGAAACACAGGCAUAGGUAAAGAAACUGUUAAAGACCUUGCAAAUAGGGGUGCUACUGUUAUAAUGGCAUGUCGUGAUAUAAAAAAAGCUGAAGCUGCUCAAGAAGAGAUAAAAAAAGAAACUCUAAAUGAAAAUGUUUUUAUAAAGUAUUUGGACUUGGGAUCUUUAAAAUCAAUAAACAAUUUUGUAAUAUCAUUUUUGAAAGAAUUUCAUGAACUUCAUAUUUUGAUUAACAAUGCUGCCAUUGUUUGUCCUUAUCAAAAAACUGAAGAUGGAUUUGAAAUGCAGUUUGGUGUAAAUCAUUUAGGACACUUUGCGUUGACAAAUUUGCUUUUAAAGCGUAUGGCAGAGACAAAAGGAUUAGUUCGGGUAAUCAAUGUAAGCUCUCAUGCUCAUUAUUUUGGCAAAAUAAAAUUUGACGAUAUCAACUCCGAAAAAAGUUAUGGAUCUCAAUCGGCAUAUGCUCAGAGUAAACUUGCUAAUAUUAUGUUUACAAAAGAAUUGCAAAGAAAGCUCUCUAAUACAAAUAUUAUAACAUUCGCUGUUCAUCCUGGGUUUGUACGUACCGAAAUAGGAAGGAAUUUCUUAUUAACUAAAAUUUUAUUUGCGGUAUUCAGUAUUUUUGCUAAGAGUCCUAAAUUAGGAGCGCAAACGUCAAUUUAUUGCGCAAUUACUGCUGGUCUUGAAAAACAUGCUGGUAAAUAUUUUGCAGAUUGCAGCGUGGCAAAAAUUCGUAACAAGGUUUGUGAUGAUGAGGGACAAACAAAAAAGUUAUGGGAGAUAAGUGAAAACAUGACGAAAAUAUCUUUUCCUCUUUGAAUUAAUUAAAACCUUAUUUUAGUAACUUUAUUAACUUUUUUUAAUUUAAAAUUAUUUAGUUUAUAACUUGUGAGUGUUAACAAUAUUGUAUAUUAUUUUUGUUGUAAUAAAU